AUGCGGUACCCGGACGAGGUCAUUACGGUGCCCGCAUCGCUGACCAAGCGAGUGCACUACGAGGUUUCGUACGACUACCCGAAAAACGCAAUUUCGACCGCGCGCUACAACGUGCUGACAUUCCUGCCGGCCCAGCUGGCGGCUCAGUUUUCCAAGGUGGCCAACGUGUAUUUUCUGUUUAUCGCAGCGCUGCAGCAGGUUCCCGGGUGGUCGACUACGGGCCGGUGGAGCACGCUAUUACCGCUGUGUGUGUUUGUCAGCCUGUCGAUAGCACAUGAGGGGUUCGAUGACCUGCGGCGACACCGCAUGGAUCACGCAGAAAACACGCAGCGCACGCGCGUACUGAAAAACCCCCUGCCCGACAACAUGAGCUGCCGGUGGAAGCGCAAAAAGUGGGAGGACGUCCAAGUUGGCGACAUGCUGAUGAUUGUCAAGGACGAGUGGAUUCCCGCUGACUGCGUGGUGAUUGCGUCGACGGGAUUCGACGGCACGUGCUUUGUUGAGACAGCAGCACUGGACGGUGAGACCACGCUGAAGCAGAAGCAGGCGCUGGAGGCGACCAACUCGCAGAUCCAGACAGCCGAGCAGCUGGCGGCCUUCAAUGCCUUCACCUAUGUGGAGCCGCCGUCGGCCGAGCUGUACAACUUUGAAGGGUUCAUGGAGGUCAACGGUGAGCGCUAUGCGCUGACGCCCAACCAGCUGCUUCUGCGCGGCUCGGUUCUGCGCAAUACCGCAUAUGUGUAUGCCCAGGUAGUGUAUUCGGGCGAGCAGACGCGGCUGCGGCUGAAUGCGACCCGGAAUAUCCGCACCAAGGCGCCGCAGGUGCAGCGGAUCACGAACCGCAUCGUGGUGCUGGUGUUUCUGCUUCUGCUGGCCCUGUGUUUUGUGUUCUCGGCGCUGGGCAUCCACUGGAACAACAAAAAGCGCCAUGGGCACUGGUACCUGAACCACAUGCGUAUGCCGGCCACGGCGCUGGUCUUUGGGUACAUUGUCAUGAUGAAUGCGCUGAUUCCGAUCUCGCUGUACGUGACCCUGGAGGCAGUCAAGAUUUUCCAGUGCUGGUUCAUCCAGCAAGACGUCGACAUGUACCAUGCCGAGACCGACACGCAUGCGGAGGCCCGCACAACAGCGAUUAACGAGGACUUGGGCAUGGUGCGCUAUGUGUUCUCCGACAAGACCGGUACGCUGACAGAGAACAUCAUGAAGCUGCGCGCUGUCAUGGUUGCUGGCCAGGGGACGCCAGAGUCGGAUCCGGACCUGAUUAUCUCCUCGGACGACGACCCGCGGCAACACACGCGAGCCAAGGACGACGCGCCGGUGUCCGACUUGCAGCUUCUGCCGUCGUCGCGUGAGAUCAUGGAGAGCGCGCCGCCAACGCAGGUGUUCCGCAGCCGCGCCGAGUGGUUCCUGCGGAGCAUGGCGCUGUGUCACACGGUGCAGCCAGACCGCGAUCCGCUGACCGGCCGAAUCACCGGUUACCAGGCGACAUCACCUGACGAGAAGGCGCUGGUGGCGGCGGCGGCCGAGCUUGGUUACGUGAUGAACAACCGCGCCGGGCCCCUGGUGCAGCUGCGCGUGGUAGCGUCGGAGCGGAUGCGAGAUUUCAACGCCCUGGUUCUGGAUGUGCUGGAGUUCUCGAGUGCCCGCAAGCGCAUGUCGGUGAUCUACCGGUGUCCGGACGGCCGCAUUGUCAUGGUGUCCAAGGGUGCUGAUUCCGCACUGUGGCCGCGGCUGGUGGAGCCCGGCUGGGCACGGGCGCGGUCGCUGGAGGCCCUGCACCAGUUUUCGACCGAGGGCCUGCGGACGCUAGUGUAUGCCCACAAGGAGAUCCAGCCGCAAGUCUACGAAGCCUGGCAUCUCAAGUACCUGACGGCAACCACGGCUCUGGCCAACCGCCAGGCGCAAGUCGAGCUGGCGUGCGAGGAGAUCGAGAACGACCUUUUGCUUACCGGUGUCUCGGCCAUCGAGGACCGGCUGCAGGACGGCGUGCCCGAGACCAUCUUCAAGCUCCGCCGGGCUGGCAUCCGUGUGUGGAUGCUGACCGGCGACAAGGUCGAGACCGCCAUCAAUAUCGCAAAGUCGUGCCGGCUCAUCGACACCGACACCGUGGAGGUGACUCGGCUUGAUGCCGACACGGUCGAGCAGCACUCGGGCAAGAUGCUGCUGCUGGUCAUGCAGGGGCCCGACAAUGGCAAGCUGAACUCAGACGCGUCGCUGGCGGUGGUGGUCGAUGGCGAGACGCUGGCGGAGCUCGAGAAGCACCCGGAGCUGCUGGACAGGUUCUUGUCGCUGGGCACACUGUGCGAUGCCGUGGUGUGCUCGCGCGUCAGCCCAGCGCAAAAGGCCCUGAUCAGCCGGAAUCCGCUGGCAAACCUGCUGCAUCACAACAACGACGACUUUAUGGUCACGCUGGCGAUCGGCGACGGCGGCAACGACAUCGCCAUGAUCCAGGAGGCCCAUGUCGGCAUUGGCAUUGCGGGCCAGGAGGGCCUACAGGCGAGCCGGGCAGCCGACUUUUCGAUUGCGCAGUUCCGCUUCCUGCAAAAGCUCUUGCUGGUGCACGGCCGGUGGAGCUACGUGCGCGUGUCGACCUUUGUCAUGGGCACCUUCUACAAGUGCAUGGCGUUCUACGUCACCCAGCUGAUCUUCCAGUUCUACACGGGCUUCUCGGGCACGUCUUUGUUUGAGAGCUGGACGCUGUCCAUGUACAACACGCUGUUUUCCAUCCUGCCGGUGCUGGUGGUCGGCAUUUUCGAGCAGGAUCUGCAGCCGCAGACCCUGCUGACGUACCCGGAAUUGUACAAGGACAUGGGGCCUGCGAACCACCUGUUUACUGUGCCGCUGUUUUUGCGCAAGGUCGUGUUUAUCGGCUUCCUGCACUCGAUCGUGGCCUCGCUCUUCCCGUUUGCGACACGCCUGAAUUUGGGCCACGACAUGUCCACCAACGACCAGUACACCAACAGCCUGGUCGUUUACGGCACCAUGGUUCUGAUAGCGACCGUCAAGAUCGCCUAUAUCGACGUGCGCCGGUGGGUGGUGUUUACGCAUAUCGGCGUGAUUUUGACGCUGGUGCUGUGGUUCGGGUGGAACGGCGUUCUCAGCCACAUCUACCCGUCCGGCCCGUCCGAGGGCUACUAUGUGCUGGGCGUGUUUACCUUCCUGAUGAGCAAGGCCGUGUUUUGGUUCCAGUGGAUUAUCUUCACCGCCAUCGCCGUGUGCCUGAACGUGCUGGUCAACCUUGUCUAUAGCGUCAGAGACCCCGUGGAGAACCGGAUCAUGGCGUGGGUAUCGUUUGAGCAGAGGACAGAGAGAGAAAAGCGCAAGGCCAGAAAUUGCGCGGGGUGGGCCAGCAGAGGCAAGUUCUGGUCCAGUGGUGGCGGGCAUCGACGCCAGCAUUCGCAUAUUAACUGA